GGCGGCGACGGCAUGGGCAUGGGCGGUGGGGGAGGAAUGGGCAUGGGAGGAAUGGGCAUGGGCAACCUGGGUGGGCCCCAGGGCCAGCACGUGCAGGCCAUGAUGAACCAGCAGGCCGGCAACAAGGUCCUCAUGGUGUACGGCUUGGAUGCCGAACGCUUCAACUGCGACCGCGUGUUUAACAUCCUCUGCCUCUUCGGCGACGUGGAGAAGGUUAAGUUCCUGAAGAGCAAGCCGGGAGCCGCCAUGGUCGAGAUGGGAGAUCAGUACGCCGUGCACAGGGCGGUUUUUCACCUCAAUAUGUCUCAGAUCUUUGGAAAUAAAAUCAACCUCUGCGCGUCGAGGCAGCGGUCGAUUGCGCCGGGCCAGGCGUUCGAGCUGCCGGACGGCACCGACAGCUACAGGGACUACGCAGGUUCUCGCAACCACCGCUACGCCGACAGCGAGAAGGCGGCGAAGAACCGCAACCAGCGUCCCACCGCGGUGCUGCACUUCUUCAACGCGCCCACGGACAUCACGGCCGAGAUGUUCGCGCAGCUGUGCGACGAAAUGUCGAUUGCGAGGCCCCGCUCUUUCAAAGUGUUUUCUGGAAAAACCGAUAGGAGCGUGUCCGGCCUGAUGGAGUGGGAGACCAAGAACGAUGCCAUGGAGGCUCUGGCGUGCAUUAACCAUCACCCCCUGAAGAACGCAAAUGUUCCAUACCUCUACACCCUCAAACUGUGCUUCUCCACUGCCCAGCCUUCAUAGAAGACAACUCAACAUGUUUCAUGCCAUAUUGAACGUCGGUGUCAACAUCAUUGUCACUUUGUGUAAUAUUUGUGAAUGUCCCAUCACUCUUGUUGAAAGUUAA